AUGUCGGAACCGGGGCUGCUGACCGAGGUUCCCCCCGCGCUAAAGCGGCUCGCCCAGCAGGUGGUGCGCGGCUUCUACGGCGUAGAACACGCGCUGGCCCUGGACGUGCUCAUCCGCAACCCGUGCGUGCGCGAGGAGGACAUGCUGGAGCUGCUGAAGUUCGAGCGCAAGCAGCUUCGCUCGAUUCUCAACACCCUCAAGGCAGACAAGUUCCUUAAGUGCCGUCUACGCGUGGAGACGGCUGCCGACGGCAAGACCACACGCCACAACUACUACUUCAUCAACUACCGACUGCUGGUGAACGUGGUGAAGUACAAACUGGACCACAUGCGUCGACGCAUCGAGACAGAUGAGCGCGAUUCCACAAACCGAGCCUCGUUCAGGUGUCCUUGUUGCCUCAGCACGUUCACCGACCUGGAGGCUAACCAGCUGUUCGAUCCCAUGACAGGCACAUUCCGCUGCACGUACUGCCAGACGGAGGUGGAGGAGGACGAGUCUGCGGUGCCCAAGAAGGACGCGCGCACGCUCCUGGCCCGCUUCAACGAGCAGAUCGAGCCCAUCUACGGCCUGCUGCGCCAGACUGAGGACGUCAACCUGUCACAUGACCUCCUGGAGCCCGAGCCCUCCGAAAUCCCCGCCCUCAUGCACAGCAUUGAACACAGCGAGAAGCGUGCGGCGGCUGCUCUGGGCGCUGGUCCCCAUAAGGAGGCGUGGGCGUCGGCUCGCGGGCCGUCGUACGGGGACCUGUACACCCAGAAGGUGGAGAUCAGCCUGGAGCAGUCGGACGAGGGCCCAGAAGAAGAACGCCGCCGCCGCCGCCGAGCCAAGGCACCGCGCCAGAGACCCGUCUGGCUCACCGAGAGCACCGUGCAGGGCGCCUACAGCGAGCAGGACCUGCAGAGGUGGGGGGCGGGCUCCGUGGAUGACGGACAGGGCCGCGGCGGCUCGGUGCGGGAUGAGAACGAGGAAGUGAUGCGCGCGCUGCUCAUCCACGAGAAGAGGGGCGCGGGGGCGGCGCUUAACCCCCGGGCCCACAUCCCGGCGCCGGCCAACGCCAGCGACUCGGACAGCGACACCAGCGAAUCGGACGAGGAGGUGGCCGCUCCGGCGUUGCCGUCGGCGAUGAUGACCUCGGCGGCGUCGCGCGGCCUGGCCUCGGCGGUGAUGGACGAGGAGGACGACGAGGAGGAGUUCGAGGAGGUGUCGGAGGACCCGACUCUGAGCGUGGGCGGCAUGUUCUCCUACCGGGAGGUCAGCCAGAGACCCGAGCUUGUGGAACAGAUGACCGCACAGGAGAAGGAGGCCUACAUCGAGAUGGGCCGCAACCUCUUCCAGGACAUGUACUAA